AUGCAGACGAAGGCAUCGUCGUCGCCGAUUUGCUCGGGAUGCGCGCCGCUUUCUCUCGGUGCCUCGGCCGUCGCGACGCACCGGAGCUGGUCGUUCCCUCGCGCGAGUGACAGCCCCUCCUCCUCGCCGCCCGCCGGCCCCAAGCGCUCGUGUUCCCCCAAGAAGUGCGCCUUCCCGCUCUGCCGCAACAGCGCCCGCAGUCGCGGCUUCUGCUACAGCCACGGGGGCGGCCGCCGCUGCGGCGUACACGGCUGCAACAACGGCGCCGUGAGUCGCGACCUGUGCAAGCGCCACGGCGGCGGCCGCCGCUGCCGCGUGGACGGCUGCAAGAGCAGCGCCGAGAGCGGCGGACUGUGCUACAGUCACGGCGGCGGACGGCGCUGCAGUCUCUCGUGGUGCUCGGCGCGCGCAAAGAAGGGCGGGCUCUGUGUCGUCCACUGGACAACAAGCGGCCGGACGGCUGCAGCGGACGCGGCGCUGACGGACACGAGCUCCGAGGGGUCGGACGUUGUCGAGACGCUGCUGGCGCUGGCGAAAGAGCCGCUGGAGGGCAAGACGGGCGCGGCCGUGUCGAUGGCGGGUGCGUGGAGCGUGCAGGGCAGCAGCGCGCAGAGCGCGUACGCGAUCACGUCGUUGCUGAACUGA